AACCCUAAUCCUCACCCUGGCUAACGCCGUCGCGUCAUUUGAUCUCGUUCUGCUCUAGUUCUAGAGCGUUCUUUUCGCUAGGGUUCAGUCAUGGCGGCCGAGACGGAGACCUUCGCCUUUCAGGCAGAGAUCAACCAGCUUCUCAGCCUCAUCAUCAACACUUUUUACUCCAAUAAGGAGAUCUUCCUUCGGGAGCUCAUCAGCAACUCCUCCGAUGCGUUGGACAAGAUCCGGUUUGAGAGCCUGACCGACAAGAGCAAGCUCGAUGCACAGCCGGAGCUCUUCAUCCAUAUCAUCCCCGACAAGGCCACAAACACUUUAUCCAUCAUUGACAGCGGUAUCGGCAUGACAAAGUCCGAUCUGGUCAACAAUCUCGGUACCAUUGCACGAUCUGGCACCAAGGAAUUCAUGGAGGCGCUAGCUGCUGGGGCUGACGUCAGCAUGAUUGGCCAGUUCGGUGUGGGGUUCUAUUCUGCGUAUCUCGUUUCCGAGCGAGUCGUGGUGACGACCAAGCACAACGACGAUGAACAGUACGUUUGGGAGUCUCAGGCCGGAGGUUCGUUCACUGUUACACGGGAUGCCUCAGGGGAGAACCUCGGAAGGGGAACAAAGAUCACUCUCUUUCUCAAAGAGGAUCAGUUGGAGUAUCUUGAGGAGCGCCGACUCAAAGAUUUGGUCAAGAAGCAUUCUGAGUUCAUCAGCUAUCCCAUCUCCCUGUGGACCGAGAAGACCACAGAGAAGGAAAUCUCGGACGAUGAGGACGAAGACGACAAGAAAGACACCGAGGAAGGCAAAGUGGAGGAAGUUGACGAGGAAAAGGAAGAGAAAGAAAAGAAAAAGAAGAAGAUCAAGGAGGUUUCCCACGAAUGGUCUUUGGUCAACAAGCAGAAGCCUAUCUGGAUGAGGAAGCCUGAGGAGAUCACAAAGGAAGAGUAUGCUGCUUUCUACAAGAGUCUCACCAAUGAUUGGGAAGAGCAUUUGGCUCUGAAGCACUUCUCUGUGGAAGGCCAGCUCGAAUUCAAGGCCGUCCUUUUCGUGCCAAAAAGGGCUCCUUUUGAUCUCUUCGACACGAGGAAGAAGCUUAACAACAUUAAACUCUACGUUCGCCGUGUGUUCAUCAUGGAUAACUGCGAGGAACUGAUUCCCGAGUACUUGAGCUUUAUCAAGGGGAUUGUGGAUUCCGAGGACCUUCCCCUUAACAUUUCCAGAGAGACGUUGCAGCAGAACAAAAUCCUCAAGGUUAUCCGCAAGAAUCUCGUUAAAAAAUGCAUCGAGCUCUUCUUUGAGAUCGCUGAAAACAAGGAGGAUUACAACAAGUUCUACGAGGCAUUCUCAAAGAAUCUCAAGCUUGGAAUACAUGAAGAUUCUCAAAACAGGUCGAAGAUUGCCGAACUAUUGAGGUUCCACUCCACCAAGAGCGGGGAUGAGAUGACAAGCUUGAAGGAUUAUGUUACAAGAAUGAAGGAGGGCCAGAAUGACAUCUACUACAUCACUGGCGAGAGCAAAAAGGCUGUGGAGAAUUCUCCGUUUCUUGAGAAGCUGAGAAAGAAGGGCUACGAGGUUCUCUUCAUGAUAGAUGCGAUCGAUGAGUAUGCUGUCGGUCAGCUGAAGGAAUUCGAGGGUAAGAAGCUGGUUUCUGCUACAAAGGAGGGACUGAAACUCGACGAGAGCGAGGACGAGAAGAAGAAGCAGGAAUCUCUAAAGGAGAAGUUCGAGGGACUCUGCAAGGUUAUCAAGGAGGUGUUGGGUGACAAGGUGGAGAAGGUGGUGGUCUCUGAUCGAGUGGUCGAUUCGCCCUGUUGUUUGGUGACUGGCGAGUACGGAUGGACUGCAAACAUGGAGAGGAUCAUGAAGGCACAGGCGCUCAGGGAUUCAAGCAUGUCAGGCUACAUGUCGAGCAAGAAGACGAUGGAGAUCAACCCUGAGAACCCGAUCAUGGAGGAGCUGCGGAAGAGGGCGGACGCAGACAAGAACGACAAGUCUGUCAAGGACCUCACCCUGUUGCUCUACGAGACUGCCCUGCUCACCUCUGGUUUUAGCCUUGACGACCCCAACACCUUCGGCAACCGGAUCCACCGCAUGCUCAAGUUGGGACUCAGCAUUGAUGAGGACGACAAGGUCGAGGACACCGACAUGCCUGCCCUUGAGGAAGGCGACGCUGACGAGAGCAAGAUGGAGGAAGUCGACUAAUAAGCUAUUUCAAGGUUUCUUUAUGUUUGCUUCGAAACUUUGGAAGUUGUAGUACCAGUCUAGUAGUCUUAAACUCUUAGGUUAUAAUUUUGGCGUGGAGGUCAUUACUUCUCAUUAUCAACGUUGGACGUGUGUUCAUUCUAGAAUCUAGAAUGGUUGUUAUGGAUCA